GCUCGCGCUCCCAGGAGGCGAUAGAUGCGUGAGCUGUACUUUUCUACUGUGUUGGAGCGCUUCGCAGUUUUCGAGCUGAGUCCGAGCGUCAAGUGAACGGCGUGCGGAAAGCGCAGUGGGACUUCAACCGUGGAGAAGUUAUCGAAGGAGCCUGUAGUAUUGAUUGCAGCAGCCUGCACCUGGAUAAGCCCCCAUCAUCAGCGCGCGGAGAAGAGAAAGAGCGAAGAAAGCGUGUUGACGGCAAGCGGACAGCUGUUAUAGAAGGAAGGCAAUAUGAUGGUGAAGCAGCACAUGCUGUUUACCCUGUACAGCAUCUGCGGGAUCGUCCUUAAAGAUAUUCUCGCCGUUUCAGGAGGCCAUGGCCAGUUCCCUAUCGUCCAGAACAUGACUGUGACAGAAGGAGGAAUAGCCAACUUGACCUGCCGUGUGGAACACAAUGACAACACCUCCCUCCAGUGGUCAAACCCUGCACAACAGACGCUCUUCUUUGGGGACAAGAAAGCGCUGAGAGAUAACCGGAUUGAGCUGGUCCGAGCCACGUCGCAGGAGUUGACGAUCAACAUCAGUGAGGUCACGCUGGCAGACGAGGGGAUGUACACCUGCUCCCUCUUCACCAUGCCUGUCAAAACAGCCAAGGCUUUCCUCACCGUCCUGAGCAUGCCUAAGAAACCAGAGAUCAAUGGACUCACCAAGCCUGUGUUGGAGGGAGAUCAAAUCACACUGACCUGUGUGACCUCUGGCAGCAAACCUGCGGCUGAUGUCCGAUGGUUCAAGAAUGAGAAGGAGAUCAAAGGUGCCAAAGAGGUGAAUGCCAGUGGCAAGACUUUCACAGUGAAGAGCUCCCUUCAGCUCCUGGUGAACCGGCAUGAUGACGGUGUGGCCUACACUUGUAGAGUGGACCAUGUGGCCCUAAUUGCCACCCACGAAGAGACCACACAGGUCUUGGAGGUCCACUAUGCUCCCUAUGUAGAGAUCAAACACUCCAUACCAGCCCCACUGGAGGGGCAGUACCUCAAACUGGAAUGUGUACCUCAUGGAAACCCCUCGCCAGACCCAGUACUCUGGACUAAAGACGGAGGAGAGCUGCCAGACCUGGACCGGGUGAUUGUCGAAGGAAGAGAGCUCACCUUCAUGUCACUGAACAAAACAGAUAACGGCACCUACCGCUGUGAAGCUACCAAUCACCUCGGCACUAGCCACGCUGAAUAUAAGCUGGUUGUUAAAGAUGCCCCCACCACAUCGUCACAAUCUACAACUUCCCCUGCACCCACCCUCCCAGACACUACAGGUCCCUUAGACUCCAAGCAUCUCAAUUCUGCUGUCACCGGUAACAGAGAUCCUAAUGCCCUGCCAGGCCCGCCAGACCACGCUCUGAUCGGUGGAAUUGUUGCUGUCGUCGUUUUCGCCACUUUGUGCUUAAUUAUUGUAUUAGGACGCUACCUGGCACGGCAUAAAGGCACGUAUUUGACAAACGAGGCCAAAGGAGCAGAUGACGCCCCGGAUGCAGACACAGCCAUCAUCAAUGCUGACGGCAACCACGCACACGCAGAAGAAAAGAAAGAGUAUUUCAUUUAGACUGCAAUGGCACUGCGCUCCUCUCUCUCUCCUCUCGUUCCUUCCCUCCUUCUCUGCACCGUGUAGGAACUUCUUCAGACAGCAGCGAAAGCUUCGUCACACUCUUUCUGUUCAGUUUGUUGUUUUUCAUUUCAGUUCGGAUUUCUUUUGCUUUUUUCAAUAACGGCUCACCUGCUACUUUAUACGGGCAACUUAUUUGCUGAAGAUGUCACCUUUUGUAAUCAUUAAAUAGCUGUAAAACACCCCCAAAGUAGUACAAAAAAGUCUAAAUCUCCAAAUAUGAAAAAAUAUAUAGUCUGCAGCCAUCCUCCAGUAAGGACUCGCCCUUCAUCCUCUCACAGUGCCUAAAUAUACAGAUGUCCGCUGAGUUUCAGUCAAUGCCUUCAUGUUUGUCAGGCCUCUGAUUGGUUGCUUGUUUUUUUUAUUUUCAGCGUUAUGAUUUUUAAAAAUGUUUUGUGCUCUGUUUUUUUUAAAAAUAAUUUCUACCUUAAUUUUGGUUGUGAUUCAUGCUGAAUCCUUUUAUUGUGAUGUUUCUCCCGAAAACAAAAAAACA